AUGGGCACGGCAAGGAGCUCUCGUCGACGCUCUCUUCCCCUUGCCCUGGAAUCGCUCUUGUUCCGCAAGGAUCAAGAGCUCACGCCUCAGGAGGUCUCGCGCGUCUUCUAUGAUGCAGGAAUUCGGAUCCCGGAAAACUCAGCGAACGAGAUCGUAGAGCAUUACAAGUUGACAGACGUUGAGUCAGAAAUGGAGCGGCAGCUGCUUCUGCGGAACGCGCUGGAGAUAGCAGAGCUGAAGAGCACACCAAGACUUCUGACGACAAGCUCUGGGAACUUGGCGUCUUCGAGGUCGGACGAGGUGGCAGACUGGGAGGAAGCGAAGAAGAGGAGCAAGAGCGCGGACCUGUGGAUGAUGAGAACAAUCAGCGAAGAAUCUCAAAAGAACAAGAAGAAAUUCCUUGAGAAACGAUCGUUCUCAGUCUCCGACAUUGGAAAGAGACAUAUGCCACCUCCUCGAAGAGAUAGCGUGAUCAAGCCUGAGGAGAGCUCACCAUCGUUCCUGCGGGAUCAAGCGUGUCUGAUCACGAUCGGACAAAGAGAAGCGAUCGAGCCAGGAAAUGGAGUCGAAUGGGACAACCAACAUAGGUUGCAGAAGAAGGAGAGAUACAUGAAGAGGCUACAGCACAUCAGAAAGAACAAGGAGAGAGUAGAGCAGUUCACCAAGGAUUGCGAAGCAAGACACGACUCCAUGGGGAGGGCACAUUUCGUGGACAGGAUGGCAGCAGUAGACAAGUCACAGUCUGGGAUCGGGAUCGGGAACACAAGGGUCCCCGGACUGUACGACGUCGAGUAUGAUAGAAAGAGGAGCACGAAGAACCUUGUUCAGAUCCGUGAGGGACCGGCCAUGGAAAGGAAGAGGUUGGAGAAUCUGGAGCGGGAGAGCAAGAUCCAGGAGUUGCAAAAGUCGCAUGAUAACCUGAACGCAAUGAAGCUGGAGAAGAAAUCGCAGAAGCUGCAAGAGAUGGAAAAAGAAAAGUCGAGAGCGAUCAGCGAAGAAGGCGAGUGA